ACAAAUAAGCAAUAAUAACCUACGGCCGUGUACUGCAAUAAAUAAACUAUAUAGGCAAUAAGUGAUCGUUGCAUUCGAGUGGUCGGAGAGCCGCCGCCGCGGGACUCUCGUCCACGUGCACCGCGCAGCCCAGACAGGUGGUUUACUCUCUCGGCGACCGUCGCACAGGACGAACGACAGACCUAACGCCAUGGGGUGUUUCGUGGAAACCGUGACUUUCCUUUACUCCACUUCGCUGUCGAUGUCCGCUUUCUUCCAGAACAACCUGUUGCUGCGGAAGGCGUGCAACUCGUCCAUGCCGUUCGGCGAGUGCACGGUAGGCGAGGCGCACGCCCAGCACGUCGUGUCCACCAUCUACUCGUGGAAAGCGGCCAUACAAUACACCAUUCCCGUCGUGAUGAUCAUGCUCGCGGGUCCAUGGAGUGACAGUCAUGGCAGACGUCGGAGACCGUUGAUUUUAAUACCACUUAUAGGUCAAGUUUUAACUGAUAGUUUAUGCAUUUUAAACGUUUAUUUUUGGAACUGGCCUCCACAAAUUGCUGCACUUUUUGAAGCAAUAACACCAGGGUUAUUCGGUGCCCGAAAUAUGUUCUGGGUAGGUGCGAUAUCGUACAUAUCAGAUAAUUGUAUUAAUGAAUCGAGAACAUUAAAAUUCGGAAUUAUAAAUGCAAUUUACACUAUCAGUACUUUAAUUGGAACAGGACUAGCUGGGUUUUUAAACGUUGGUCUAGGAUUUUAUGGCGCAUUUUUGGUAUCUAUUUCGUUGAAUUUAAUCGCUUUUGCGAUUGGGUCAAUAUUUAUUAAAGACACUUCUAUGCCUUACGAUAAAAAUGUUGUUUGGCUGAAACCAAAAUAUUUUAUUCAAAAUUAUUUGGAUGUAUUUAAAGGAAGCAGUAAAAAAUAUACAAUUACGUUGGCAACAUUACUUAUGUGUCAGGCUGUUUUAGUGGGAAGAAUUGGAGGUGAAUAUGCUGUUACAUAUUUAUUUAUGAGGUUUAAAUUUAAAUGGUAUGAAGUGCAAUACAGUUAUUUUGCUGCUUACAAAAUGCUGACGAUAUUUUUUGGUACAUUGUUUUCUGUUACUGUUUUGAGCCACCGUCUAAAAAUAAAUGAUGCAAUUAUAGGUUAUAUUGCUUGUACAUUUGAUAUUCUUGCUGCAAUGUGUUACGUUUUUGUCAAUCAACCCUGGCAACUAUACAUCAUUCCAUUGGUUGACUUUUUUCAUGGUACCGCACUCACUAUUUCUACUUCGUUGACAUCUAAAAUCGUAGAUAACGAAAAACUCGGUCGAUUAAAUUCUAUCCAAGGACUACUGAGUACAUUCAUGUCAUUCUUUUCAGUUUCAUUAUACAGUAUGACGUAUAAUUUAACAUUUGAAUAUUUACCCGGUGCUGUAUUUUUGUUAAAUAUAAUCUUAACUUUUCCUUUAUUAAUAAUAUUUAUGAUUAUUUACUGUAAAUGUAAACACUUGUGGACAACAAAAGAAACAACUCUCAGUUAAUGAAGAUAAUUUAAGUAUAUUUUUUAAAUUUGUAUUGUAAGAUAGUGUACAUUGUAUAACUUAAUAUUAUGAUUUAUUAUCGCUUAUGCAAAUGAUAUUUUAAUUAGUAUUAGUUAGUUUUAUGAAGCAUUAUUUCAUGUAUUUGUUCUAUCAGUAUAAAUAAAAACUUAAUGCUCUAAAAA